UGAUAAGUUAUUGAUUUUUAUUUUAUGGAACAAGAAUAAAUAUAUGUUUGCGGAUGUGUAGGAGCAGACAGCACAUUCCAAUGAGGUCAAUUUGUGAACAGCGAUGGAUUUCAAUUGUUGCUUUUGUGGUAAUAGCUUCUUCUUCAGCUCCAUUAUUGGCGGCAUGCCCUUACACAUCCAUCUUCAGCUUCGGUGAUUCAUUUGCCGACACUGGCAACUUGUACCUCAGUUCCCACCCACCCACCCAUCACUGCUUUUUUCCUCCCUACGGCGAAACCUACUUUCACCGUGUCACCGGACGCUGCUCCGAUGGCCGCCUAAUCAUCGAUUUCAUCGCUGAGUCACUGGGGCUUCCGCUGGUGAAACCGUAUUUUGGAAUCAAGAAAUUUGGGGGAUGGAGUGUGGAAGAGGGAGCAAAUUUUGCUGUUAUUGGAGCGACUGCGUUAGACUUCAGUUUCUUUGAAGAGAGGGGCAUUUCUAUUCCAACCAAUUAUUCUUUGACAAUGCAAUUGAAUUGGUUCAAGGAAUUGCUUCCUGCUCUCUGCAAUUCUUCCACAGACUGCCAUGAAGUAGUUGGAAACUCGUUAUUUCUUAUGGGUGAAAUUGGAGGAAAUGAUUUCAAUUAUCCUUUCUUUCUACAAAGGAGCGUAGCAGAGGUUAAAACAUAUGUGCCGUAUGUAAUCAGGGCAAUAACUUCAGCUGUCAACGAGUUGAUUGGUUUAGGGGCUCGCACACUCAUAGUUCCUGGGAAUUUACCAUUGGGAUGUAGUAUAAAUUAUUUAACAAUCUAUGAAACCAUGGAUAAGAACCAAUAUGAUCAAUAUGGGUGUUUGAAGUGGUUAAAUGAGUUCGCUGAAUAUUACAACCAAAAGCUCCAAAGUGAAUUAGAUAGGCUUCGGGGACUUCAUUCUCAUGCUAAUAUCAUUUAUGCCGAUUAUUACAAUGCCACAUUGCCAUUAUAUCAUAAUACCACAAUGUUUGGUUUUACUAAUCUUAAAACCUGUUGUGGAAUGGGAGGUCCAUAUAAUUACAACGCAGCAGCUGAUUGUGGCGAUCCAGGCGCGAUUGCUUGUGAUGAUCCUUCUAAGCAUAUUGGAUGGGAUAGUGUUCACUUCACCGAGGCUGCAUAUAGAAUAAUUGCUGAAGGUUUAAUAAAAGGACCCUAUUGUCUCCCCCAAUUUAAUACCUUUUGUUUGAUGAACAUAAGAUAUGGCUAUUUCAAUAGCUAAAAUGUUUCUUUUGAUGAAAUGAAGUGAAAUAAAUUCAAUGUAGCUACCACUAUAAUAUGGUUUGCAUAAGACAUGCAUAUCUUUCAAUAAUA